AUGUCUCAAUCUUCGACAGACGAACACCCAGAGACCGCAGAGUCAGCACAGACCCUGACUCUCCCCCUGCACAAGACCGAAACCCAAGCAAGCCUGCGCAGUCUAGGCAUCUCAGAGGUCCCUCCACCAGUGGACUCCAAUUAUCCCGCCGUCGGACGACCAGAGAACCCAUUGUUUCCCGAGGAAUAUGUCAUCGAAACAAGCACCGGUCUUGUCCCAGAAAAGACCCUCUCACAGGUGCGAUCGCACGUCUCCUCAACAACGCGAGACGCGCCAUCCAGCAGCCCGCGUGACGGCGACCUGGAGAAGGGCCCAUCCGGCUCAGCCGAGUUCGUGACGUUCACCAUCGGCGAUCCCGAACACCCGUAUAAUUGGCCGCGGCCCUAUCGGUGGUACAUUACGCUCGUCGCGUCGGCGCUGGUGGUUUGCAUCGCAUAUGGCUCGUCCAUCGUGACGGGCGGGCUGGGACUCAUCCAGGAAAAAUACAAUGUAUCGUUGGAGGUUGCCAUUCUCACCUGCUCGAUUAUGGUCUGUGGCUUCGCCGUCGGACCGUUGCUGUGGUCGCCGCUCUCGGAGAUCAUCGGCCGGCGACCUGUCUACAUCAUCUCCCUGGGCCUCUAUGUCAUUUUCAACAUCCCGUGCGCCCUAUCACCCAAUAUCGGCGGAUUGCUCGUGUGCCGCUUCCUCUGCGGCGUGUUCUCCAGCUCAGGGCUUUCGCUGGCGGGCGGCACGAUCGCCGACAUCUGGAGCAUCGAGGAGCGCGGCAUGGCGAUUGCAUACUUCGCCGCGGCACCAUACUGCGGCCCCGUGGUCGGGCCGAUCGUCAACGGAUGGAUCAACGUGGGCUCGCACCGCCUGGACCUCUUCUUCUGGGUGAACCUCGCAUUCGCCGGCGCAAUCUUGGUGAUGGUCGGACUGGUGCCCGAGACGUACGCGCCGGUAAUCCUCAAGCGACGAGCCGCAAAGCUGCGCAAAGAAACCGGCAACGAAAACAUCAUCACGGAGCAAGAGAAGCAUAAGCUGACCCUCCACGACAUCGCCCGCACAAGCCUCAUCCGCCCCAUUACAAUGAUCAUGACGGAGCCCGUGCUCGACCUGAUGUGCAUAUACAUCGUGCUGAUCUACUCAAUGCUGUACGCAUUCUUCUUCGCAUACCCAGUCAUCUUCGGCAAACUGUACGGCUACAACGACGGCCAGAUCGGGCUGAUGUUCAUCCCGAUUCUGAUCGGCGCCGCCAUCUCGCUGCUGGUCACGCCCGCCAUCGAGAAGCAUUUCCGUCGCAUUUGCGCCGCGCGCGCGCCCACGCCCGAGGACCGGCUGAUUGCCUCGCUGAUAGGGGCGCCGUUUGUCGCCCUUGCGUUCUUCUUGCUCGGCGCGACGUCGUUCAAGCAUGUUAUCUGGGUGGGACCCGCGUCGUCGGGCAUUGCGUUUGGGUUUGGCAUGGUGCUGUGUUACUAUGCUGUCAAUAACUAUAUCAUUGACGCGUACCAGAAGUAUGCGGCCUCGGCGCUGGCUGCGAAGGUGUUUCUGCGGUCUGGGGGCGGGGCUGCGUUUCCGUUGUUCACGACCCAGAUGUAUGACCGUCUGGGGCUGCAGUGGGGUUCGUGGCUUCUUGCGUUUAUUGGUCUUGGGAUGGUUUUGAUCCCUUAUGUGUUUUAUAUCUUUGGGGGUAAGCUUCGGGCUCGGUUUACGAGGGAUUAG